AUGUCACCUGGUAAUGAUGGAAAGGAAACUUUGGGCUGUCUUGCUGUGAAUUCGAUCUCAGAUUAUGAUAACUUAUGUGCUUUGGACGUGCUGGGUUUGGCUGACAAUGUUGGUGCUGAUAGCGAUGUAUUUGACGAAUUUAAAGAGCAGCUGACAAGAUCCGAAGAGGGUUGGUACAAAACCUCACUUCCAUGGAAACCUGGUCAUCAACCUCUAUUAUCAAAUCGUGAUGGUAGUAUAUGCCGUCUCAAUUCUCUCUUGCGGAAAUUAAAACGUACAGAUAUGCUUGAAGAGUAUGAUGCGGUGAUCAGAGAGCAAAUCGAUCAAGGAAUCGUAGAGAAAGCCCCAAGUGAAGUCACGGGUAAAGAAUUCUAUCUCCCUCAUCGCGCCGUAGUCCGAGAAAACGCGGAAACAACGAAGACCCGAAUUGUUUACGACGCAUCCGCCCGCCAACGAGAAGAUGCGCCAUCUUUAAAUGAUUGUUUAGUAACUGGCCCGCCAUUACACAAUCAACUGUGGACAGUGAUAGUUAGAAACCGAUUCCACCCUGUGGCUGUUGCUGGAGACGUGCAAAAAGCCUUUCUCCAAAUUAGAGUCCGGGAAACUGAGCGUGAUGCUUUACGGUUCCAUUGGAUCAAAGAUUUACAUUCCACCGAAAUCGAAGUGCUCCGCUUUACUCGAGUUGUCUUUGGUCUAACUUCGUCACCUUUCCUGCUAAAUGGAGUUAUCGCGAGACAUUUAGAGUUGAUGGAGCCUCGUUUCCCCGAGGCUGUGGCUGAAAUACGUAAAAGUUUGUACGUAGAUGAUUUAAUCACUGGAGCGCCUACUAUUGAUGAAGCAAGCCAGCUUAAGCAGAAGGCCAUCGGCGUCUUCGAGGAAGCCAGAUUACGAUUACAUAAGUGGCAUUCGAAUGCCACAGAACUCGAGUCGGACAUGAUUGACAAUCCGGUUACCUUUGCUAAACAACAGUUAAGUGCCAACCCAAAGGAAAACGAGUGCAAGCUAUUGGGCCUAAAAUGGAACAAGCUCGAAGAUACCGUGCAAGUUGAUUUCCCUGCUGUUUAA